AUGCGCAGGAUGUCGGUGCUGAGCCCGGUGCAGAUUAAGGAGGCGAACGCGCACCUGGCGGCUGUUCACCGCCGGGUGACGGAGUUGGAGCGCCGGUUGGAGGCGGCCGAGCGGACUGUUCGGGAACAGGCUGAGCGGUUGAUGGGCAAAGACCGGGAACUGCAGGCCGCAGUCAGGGAGCUGGCGCUACGCAAGGACCGGGAGAUGGUAGACGUGCAGGAGAAGCUGCAGGACUGUGAGGGAACGGUGCAAAGGCUACAGAUGCUGAUGAAGGAGAAGGAUGAAGUAAUUGCCCAGCUGAGACAUCGCAGUCAACUGCUAGAUAAAAUCACCCGCAGCCGACCCUUCCUCGAUAACUUGCUGUCCUACAUGGCUGAAGCUGAACACUCUCAGAGCAUUCAUCUUCCACACCCCAGCUUCCCUGAACACCAAGCAGACUCCCUUCAAUUAGGGAGUAAUGGGUUAAUGAAUGCCAGCCCCAGUGACCAAAAUUUCUCUGUCAGUGAGGAUGACACUGAGGAACUGGACCAAGAUGACUCAAUCUUUGGGACCACAGUUUAAAUCUUCACCUCAUCCAGGUUGAGGGAUGCUGGGAAGAGCCUAUAAGUGCCUGUUAGUUUUGCAAAUCUGGGAAAUCACACUGAAACCUGUGGUGAUGAAGGUGGAAGCAGAGAGCAUUUGACACUCUGUGAUCUGAUCGUUGGAUUUGUUGAUAUUUCAUUCCAAAGCUUUUGGGAUUGGAGGGUAGUUAACUCGAUGUAAAGAAUAUGGCCUUUAGAACAGUGGACGAUUGACACUGUUCAUCAAUUUCUUAAUGCAAUAAGAUAUUGGUGUUGGAGUAGCUCUGGUUUCAGACUUGGUUUAGAAGACCAUGAACUCCAGUCCAAACAUUGAGAGAAGUGGUUACCUUCUCAUAGAGCACAACAGGUAAAUCCCAGCUACAGCCUCCUCCCUUUUUAUAUUCUUCCAUGCUUUGAGGUUUAUGAAAUACCCCUGGGUUUUAGCUGGUUGCACUGUGUUUUUGGAUCACUGACUGAUUAUUUGCAGUACUGUGAUUAUUAUUUCCAUGAUGGGAAUUCAACUGUUUGUGAGAAGCACUGGCUGGUUAGUGGAGUAGUUCUGUCGUGUUCUUUCAGAGCAGUUUAAAGCCAGGCCAAACUGACUGGAAGUUUUUGCUAUCCAACAUGGUAGUGUGUCAUGUUUAAAGAUUUUCCUGUUAUUUUCAGUUGGCAGCUAUGAACAUCUGGGCCUAUUGAGCUGCUUGAACAGUGGGAAUUUGGAAACCACCUGUUAUCUAAAUGCCACACAGAAUUUUAGUAUUUUUCCCGUGUUGCUUUCCUGAUGAUUGUGUAAAAUAGCUGCCACAAAGUGGAAUGAAAUCAGUGCCUACUUUAAAUAUUGUAUUUUUUGUCCCUCUGUCAUCAAGAAUUUAAAUAACUUCCCCCAUCCCCCCACCACCACUAAACAAUAUUUAACCAGAUAUCCCGGUUGAAAUUAAGGUGCGGCUGGGAACUGCUUCUGUUGUUCCUCUACUGCCUACCAUUUCCAGAAGUGCAGCUAACACCAUGUACAGGCCACUUCCUAUGAAGUAAUAGCUGAGGAACAAGAACAGCAAUGCGGGUAUUCUUGGCUGCUCAACCGUGAAUAAUCUCAUCCAUUUGCCUCAAUCAGCCUGUCUCAUGAGGGUUAUGUAUGGGUAUGUAUGAUAGUAGAAAGUACAUUCUGGACUAAGUUCCUGCAGCAUUUGCACCAGGAUUCAAAUCUUGCUGUAACCCUCAGCAGACUCUCCCAAUAAUACAUACAACUAAGAUUGUUUCUUUUCCCUUCUGAUCUCUAAUUAGUCAAUGUGUGCUGCUGCACAUAACAGCCAUUUUUCCUGAAGGCUGGUUUACUUUCUCCACAGAGUCACUGCCUCUCACUCACUUUUCGAACUGAUCCAGCAAAAUGAAAACUGGUUUCCUAGAACUCGGUGCACUGGAUUCUUAAGUUACUGAAAUAUCUAGUGCCAGCUUGGGCAUUGGCUAAUGCUGGUUAAUUGCAUCUGGGUAUAUGCAUCUCUUUUGAACUGAAAUGACUUGCACUGAUCGGUCUGCUUCUCUUUUGGUAAUGGGGGAUGAACAGGAGGUUCCAUCCUUGAAUCAUAGGUGUCUUGAAGGUGUUACCAUUCCAACCUCAAUUUCUUGAAACCAAAUAAAAGUGGGUGACUGAUCAUGGAGUAAGGCGAUGAGCAGUAAGUGGGUCAGUGAGCUAAUUGUCUAUUCUACAGACUGGCGCAUUGUUUAUAGAUAUUGUGCAGAAAACCCUACAUUAUCCCUGAAGCAAUACCAGACCGCCUGUCACAUUGCUAUUGCUGCAUGUGAAUUGGCUGCUGAGUUUCCUGCCUUUGGCAGGAACGUUGAAUCCUGCCUUCCAUAGGGAAGCUCAGGAAUCCUAUGAAUCAGGGAGAUGGUUGCCACUUUCCCUGUGCUUUUCAUUGCUGCAGUAUAAGGUACCCUUUUGACUAUGCUAAGUUCUACAUUUGCCCUAGUACAGAUUUCUUUGAAAGAAAGACUUUAUUCCAUCUCAGUUUCAUAGCAGUGAUCUGAUAUGACUCAACAAACGAUCUGCAACUUACCAGGUAAUCAGUUAGUCACAACACAGUAAACCACUGAUUGUUCAGCGGCUUUGGCAUCUGGCUUACUAGGUGAUACUUCCUGUGCACCUUAUAAACUUCCUUACUUUUUGAUUUGACUAUAGAGCCAUUGGCAAUUGCGUUUCAAAAUUGUGCUGAAUUGACGGGGAUUUGGAGGGAGGGGUGUUGAGCACAAAGUCUCUCUUUAUGCUGAUGAUCUUUUACUUUUUAUAUCAAACUUGACUACCUCCUUAUCCCCAAUGUUUUCACUCCUUAAUAAAUUUAAUCAGCUUUCCGGAUACAAACUUAAUUUACAUAAGAGCGAACUUUUUCCAAUAAGUAAACUGGGUGACCCUAUUCUUGUGCUCCAUAUAAACUCACACAGUUCUAUUUCCUACACUCUAAACUUGCCUGAGCUUUUAAAAAUAUUUAUUAUAUUAAAUUUAUUACAUUUAUAAAAAUUAUGAAUUAAAAGGUUAUGGAGGUAUUAACAGGAAUGACAUCCAAUUGUUUGGAUAAUCUGCCAGUCCAUCACCACCAAAGUCCUUGGGAUGCAGUUUUACUGUAGCAUUUUAGCAGAUUUGAAAUUGAAUUGCUGCUGCAGGUCCUCCCCAGUGUAGUUCAGGGAGCUGUUCUUGUGAACUAUUAGUAACCCGAACAGUUUGUAAGUCAGAAAUGUGCCUGUGAACAGUUUAAGUAGCAGAAGAUGCCUGCAACUCACCUUCCAAAUGCCUGAUUGUAUGUGUAAUCUGGGGGAGGAACUGUACUUGGUACGACUUAUUUGCAGUGUCACACUCAUUCCAUUCGACUGUCUCUUUAGCCUCUAUUUGGUUUGUGGUGGGAUUGAAAAUGUCCUUAUCUGCAUCAGUUGAGACUUCAUUUGUGUACAUGAAGAUUUAAUAUAAGACAACUGUUAUGAAUAUAACACCAUUUUGUUGAGAAAGUCUCUCGAACAUAGCCUCUUCUUAAUGAAAAGUGUGGUAACUUUCCUGCACAGGUAGCUUGGUACUCAGCCAAAGUACAGUCCUACAUUAUAGUUGGUAUUCCAUUCAGUUGUUACUGUCCCACUGGGGUACGGAUCUCACAUUGAGAUGGUCACCAAGACAUAUGGGAACGGAUGAGAAAUUGCACACCUAAUGGGAACUGGUGUUGAGGGGUGGGACUUCCUCUGAACUGGUCAGUACAGUUGCCGUUUGCAUACACUCCAUGAGCCCUUCUUCUCUUCCCCUUGUCCCCUGCCCCCCCCCCCCCCCCAACCCACUGACAAAAAUUUGGCUGGACGUGUGCAAUCUCUCAAUGGUUUGUAAGCAAAUUGCUCCUUUAGAUACCCAUUACUAUCUAAUCACUGCUUAGAUUUUAUGCUAUUGUCAAUUGAGUCUACUUGUAUAACCAUUGUGUGUAAUCACUGUCCAGUAGUAUAAUCUUCAAAGUGACUAUUACUUUCUGACAUAUGGUUCAGUUAUUCUGUAUACUCAUAAUAUUACUCUUCAUAUAAUUAUCCUAGUGUAGCCAAUGUUAUCACUCUGAAAUCAUUUUCUAUAUAAAAACAAAAUCAUUUUCUAGAUCAUAGAUCAUAAUUUUUCAUGUAGUUAUUGCUUGGGAACCAUAGCUACACAGUGCUGGAAUUUCAUUAUUAUGUGUAUCUGCUGUAACUCUGUUUCAUUUAUUUCCCCAGUUCUCUUGAUAGUUUAAAAAUGUGUAUGAAUUCAGCUGACAGAUUUAGGCUGGAGUGACUUUCAAAAUAGUGACCUAAUUUGGCAUGUUGUAUGAACAUAGUGUCUGGACAAGAAGAUUCCCAUUACCAAUGGUUUUUGCAUUGUUUAGGUCAGUGUGUAGAUCCUUGUGCUUCAUUGCAGUAGUGCAUCAAAACUCAAAUGCAAGUUUAAACCAUUCUGAAGUACUUAAGGCAACACUUAGCUUUAAGGAAAAAAUAUCGUUAGCGUAUGGAUUAUAUAUAUCCAGUAAAACAGUCAUGGAAGUAGAAGAAGCAGCAUGCUUUAAUGAUUGCAUAAGUUGUGUUUGUAUAAAAUAUAGUUUUGUUUGGAGGGAUUUGGGACAAGUUCACUAGAUGAAUGUAUCAUACUCAGGGUUAUAUUUGAUCAUUAUAGAUAGAAAUUUGGUAUGUUGGUGCCUUUUAUGAAUCUAUGCAAUAACUUUAUAAAUGAUUUUUGUGAGUUCCUGCACUGGUUCACGUUUAAAUUAUUUGCUACUGCCACAAGGUUGUGAUGACAAUACUGUCUUCACUACACUGUUGGUAUCCAGAUAUUAGUAAUAUGAUCAGAGGAAAAAAAAUGUAAUAUUCAACUUUUCUCAUUGAAUUCAUAUCUGCACCUGAAUCAAAUGUGACAAUAGAAUGAGGUAAUAGGUAGCCAGGAAGACCAAAACCAGACAGUGCCCUGACGAAUACAUCUUUGGAGAUGUCGGACCUUCUACUGUGACUUAUCACAAGCCCAAACAUUGUAGCUGCCUGUUGAUCUGCCAUUAAUGCCUAUGCCACACUUGGAAGAAACAUGGAAUUACCUGCAGAUGCCGUUGAUCCUUCCCUCUGGCCCUUUUGUACUAUUUUUUUCCAAUGUUAUUUAGAAAAGACGUACUUAAGUUUUCCCCCAUGGUUUUUUAAGACUUUGUAUUCCCCUCCAAAUUUUGUUGUUUAUCUUAAAUUUGCAUUUUCCUGGCUACUACAGUUCAAAUGAUUGGGAGGAAGGAAAUGCCUCCCACUCUGCAUCACUAUCCAAUGGCAGCCAGGCAGGUUGGCAGCAGAGGGCUUUCUAUACCAGUUCACUUUUUUGAAAAAUUGCUAAUCUCCAGAUGUACGUGGGUUGAGAAUUUAUCGACACCAAGCUAGUAAGUAGGACGAGGAGCAUACCAUCCUGCUUGAAGACAGUUCUAAUAUCAGUUUGAUCUUAGAUGACCUCUAGCACAUCUCUGCAUUGGGUCUCUUUGUGCCCUUGCCAUAUAUUUAUAUAUGUAUGUGUGUGUGUGAUUUUUAUAUAUAAACAUGAAUCUUUAUAUAAAUAUAACACUAUCAGUAUUGUGCAAGUCUUAGGCACAUGUAAAACAAUUAUGGAAAGCGAGGAUGCUUUCAAAAAUAAUGAAUUGAAAAGCUUUUAAAUAUCAAUAAAAUUACUAUAAAGAACAAUACACAAUAGAAAACUAAAAUCAAUAUUUGGUGUAACCACCCUUUGCCUUUAAAACUGCAUCAAUUCUCAUAGGUACAUUUAUGUGUAGUUUUCUGAGAAAAUUGGUUUGUUGGUUGUUCUUAGAGAACUGCAGACUUUGGUUGUCUCACUUCUUUCUGUCCUCCAAAUAAUCCAGACAGCCUCAAUGAUGUUGAGAUCAGCACUCUAUGGAGGCCAUACCAUCUGAAAUGAUUAAAAAAAAAUCUUGGGUGCCUAAGACUUUUGCAUUGUACUGUAUGUGAGUGAGUGCGUAUAUACACGAGAUACACUAUGUAUAGUUAGUCUGUCUUCCAUACACUAUUUCACCUAGUAUCACCUGAUCUCACCUAAAGCAAAGUAAUGAAGUACUGGUUUUAAGUCCAGUCAGUACUUGGAUGUAUUACACACCCAUUGUUGAUCAAUAUCUUAUGGGAGGGAGCUGCUAGACCCCAGCAAGUACAAGGGCUUGAGCAUUUCUGUGAAGCCUUGCAGCCCCUGAAUCCUAUUGUUGAUGUUGAACUCUAUCAAUUGUACCUGAUUGCUAAUACACGAUAAAUAAGGAACAUUUGAGUAACUAUUGAGAUGCUCCAUUUUAUAUGCAUGGAAUGAUGCAGGUAUUAACUUUUAUCAGGUUCACUAGAACAUAAAACAGUACAGAAUAGGAACAGGCUCAUCAGCCCGUGACAGUGAACUAAACACCUGGUUACUAAUCACUUCUGCCUUUCCAUUGUACACAUACUUACAUUCUCUGCACAUUCAUGUUCCUACAUAAGAGGGUCUUAAACACCACCCCCAGCAGCACAUUCCAGGCACCUACCACUCCCAGUGUAAUAAAUUUGCUUCGCACAGCUUUGAAAUCAUCCCAUUUCACCUUAAAUGUACGUCCUCUAAUAUUAGAUAUUUGAACCCUGGGAUAAAGAUACUGACUGUUUACUCUAUGCCUCUCAUAAUCUUAUACACCUCUAUCAGGUCUCCUCUCAGCCUUCACUACUCCAGAAAAAAACAAUUUAAGUUUGUUAUAACGCAACUUGGAACAGAACAAAUUACAAUUAUUAGGCAGGAACUAGGGAGAGUAGAUUAGAGCCACAUUAAAAUAUUAUAGGGGGAUCUUGAGCAGCAAAUUCAGCUGCGGAAUAGCAACUAGAAUUUAAUUCAGGUAAGUUCAAAUGUUGCACUUUGGAAAGUCAUCAAGGUCAGACAAUCACUGAACACCAAAAUCAUCUAGAUUGUGUAGAAUAGAGGGACUGGAGUUCAAGUACAUGGUUCACUGAAAGUGAUGGUAUGGGCAGACAGAGUGGGAAAGAAACCUUUGAAACCAUUGGUUAGGAAAUAAGCAUUGAGAAAUCAAGGUGUGGUUGAACAGGAUGUCAGUGAAGCUGCAUAUGUUCAACUUUGGUUGCCUUACUAUAGGAAAGAAGUUAUUAAACUGAGAAAAGUGUAGAAAAUGCAGAAAUAUUCCCUGGUCUUGGACUGAGUUAUAGGGAGAAGUUGGAUAGGUUAUGACUAUUUCUUGGAGUGAUGGAGACUGAGAUUUGGUCAAUACAAAUGUGUAGAAUCAUGGAGGGCAUUGAGUGAAGGCACUUUUUUCCUAGGGUUGGGGAAAUCAAGAACUAGAGAACUUAGAGGUCAACUUUUAUCUGUGGUAGGAAUUGAUUGGUAGGCUGUGCUAGGAAUUGAUUGAGGUGGUACAACUACUUUGAAGACAGUUGUGCAGGUACGUGGAUUGGGAAGGUUUAGAAGUUCAUGGGUGAAAUGCUGACAAUAGGACUAGUUUGGAUAGGGCAUCGUAGUUGACAUAGAUCAGUUCGGCGAUAGGGCCUGUUGCUGUGCUGCGUGAGUCUAUACUUUUCUGUGCAGUUGGUCUUUAAACAUUCCAUAACAAGAUGUAGAUUUGUACAAAAAUUUGCUGUUAGACCAUAAGAUAUAGAAGUAGAAUUAGGCAAUUUGGCCCAUUAACUCUGCUCUGCUACUCCAUCUAUUUCCCUCUCAGCCUCAAUCUCCUGCCUUCUCCCGUAUCCCUUCAUGCCCUGACUAAUCAAGAAUCUAUUAACCUUUGCCUGAAAUACACCCAAUGAUCUGGCCACCAUAGCCAUCUGUGGCAACGAAUUCCACAGAUUCACCAUGAUAGCUAAAGAAAUUCCUCUUCAUCUGUUCUUAACUGGACAUCCCUCUAUUCUGAAGCUGUGUCCUCUGGUCUUAGACUUCCAUACCAUAGGAAACCAUGCUCUCCACAUCCACUCUAUGGAGGCCUUUCAACAUUUGAUAGAUUUCAGUGAGAUCCCCCCUCAUUCUUCUGAAUUCCAGUGAGUAUGGGCCCAAAGCCAUAAAGCACUCAUCAUCCCAGAAUCAUUUGUAAACCUCCUUUAAACCCUCUCCCAAUGUCAGCACAUAAGGUGUCAUGCUGCAUCUUUGGACCCAAGCACAGGGUCACAUAGAAGGAUUGAGUAAAACUAACACAGCAUUUGAACUUACAAGUCUUGGGUAACUCAGGAUAACUCAACCAGAACUACAGUAGGCAAGGAUCAAGACGAUCAAGCAAAUGAGAGGUUAGCACUGCUCCUUUAAAUACAGUCCAGAGUACAAAGAAACUGUGUCCAGUUGAUAAAACCCCAACAACAUACACAAAAUGUUGCCUGGCUUGCUGAAUUCCUCCAGCAUUUAUGGAGAAAAUUAAAUAGUCGCUGUUUCAGGUUGAGACCUUUCGUCAGGACUGGAGAAAAAAGAAGUGAGAGUAAGAAGGUGGGGGGGGGGGAAGUUUGAAGUGCAAGGUAGUAGGUGAUAGAUGGAAUGGGUGGGUAAUAUGAAGUAAAGAGCUGGGAAGGUGCUCAGGGAAGCGGGCUCCAAAUAAUUGGUAUCUCACUGAUAUAUAAAAGGCCACACUGGGAGCACCAGAUAGAGUAGAUGACCGGAACAGACUCACAGAUUGAAGAGUCGCCUCACUUGGAAGGACUCUUUUGAGCCCUGAAUGGUAGUGAGGGGGAGGUGCAGGAGCAGGUGUAGCACUUGCUCUGUUUGCAAGGAGAAAGAUCAGUGGAGAGGGCGAAUGGGCAAGGAGGCACUGUGGAAUGUGGAAGCCGGGUGGGGGGGGGGGGGGUGGUGGUGGAAGUUACCAAGAAUUACAUGCUGGACGUGGAGGCUGGUGGGGUGGCGGGUAGAUUGGUUGAAGGCGGAUGUGCCCGAAGCGGAAGAGAUGUGGGUGAUGGCUGUGUUGAUGGUGAAGGAAAGCCCAUUUCUUUGAAGGAGGACAUCUUGCUAGUUCUGGAAUGAAAAGCCUCAUCCUGAGACCAGAUGCAGCGGAGAUGGAGGAAUUGAGAGAAUGGGGUUGACAUUUUUACAAGUGACAGGGUGGGAUGAGGUAUAGUUCAGGUAGCUGUGAAAUUCAGUGGAUUUAUAAAACAAGUUAGUAAGCUGUCUCCAAUGAUAGAGACAGAGGGAUCAAGAAAUGGGAGGGAGAUGUCGAAAAUGGACCAGGCAAAUUGGAAGACAGGAUAGAAGUUGGGCAAAUUUGAUGAAAUUGACGAGCUCAGUAUGGGUGCAUGAAGUGUAGGAGAAGUUGGGGAGUGAUGCUGGUGUAGGCUUGGAAUGUAGGCUGCUAAAGUACAGGCAUAGCUGGGACCCAUGGCUACAACUUUUGUGUCAAGGAAGUGGGAGGAGCCAAAGGUGAGAUUUAGAGUGAUGACCAAUUCCACCAGACGGAGGAAAGUGGUGAUGGAUGGGAACUCGUUGGGUCUAGUGUCCAGAAAGAAGGGGAGAGCUUUGAGGCCUUCCUGGUGGGGGAUGGAGAUGUAUAGGGACUGGUCAUCCAUAGUGAAAAUGAGAUGAUCUGGGCCAGAGAACCUGAAAUCACUGAAAAGAUCAUGAGCGUGUGAAGUUUCAUGGAUGUAAGUAGUAAGGGACUGGCAGGGAGGAUAACACAGAGUCAAGGCAUGCAGAUGUAUGUUCUGUGGGGCAGCAACAAGCAGAAAUAAUGGGUCUACCUGGACAGGCAGGAUUGUAUAGGAGAUAAAAACGGGAGGUGAGGGGUAAGGGAACUAUGAGGUUAGUGGCAAUAGAUGGGAGAUACCCAGUGAUGGUGUGGAGACAAUGGCCUGGGUGCCCCUUAGUGGGGUCCUGUUCAAGGGAGUAAGUAAGAGAUCGUGUCUGAGAGGCUCAUCAAGCCUCAGUUCGCCAGAUCACGACAGCACCCCCUUAUUCACGGGUUUGUUGGUGAGGUUGGGAUUAGUUGCGGAGAGAGUGGAAAGCAGUGCGUUUGUAAGGAGUGAGUUUAGAAUUGGAGAGAAAAGUGAUAAAGUCCUGACGGUUGAUGCUUUGUCAGCAGUUAACAAUGAUCCAGGGAUACUGUCACCGUACAUCUUCAGACCAAGCGCUGGAUCACAGAGACGCUGAGGGUCAAGCAAAAUAAGGAAUUUUAUUAACAAAAUAAAACAGCUGAACUUACAAGGUCUUGUAUGACUCGGCCAGAACUACAGUAGGCAAAGAUCAAAACGACCAGACAAGUGAAGGCUGAGAAGAUGGUGCAGGGGGCAGGGCUUCAGGUUCUUGGAUCAUUACCUCUUCUGGGAGAGGUAAGAUCUGUACAAACAUGACGGGUUGCACCUGAAUCCGAAUGUACAAUGUCCUGUAUAUGUUACUCAAAAUGGGUUUUUUUGGUUUGUUAAGAGUAGGAAUGCUUCUUUGUCUGAUAAGUGUUUCUCUCACAGUUGUUUUGCUUUAUACUUGUUGAUAUGGUAAUUGUAUUCAUUUGUUAACCAAUGGGGAAUGUUAUUUUGUCUUGUGAGGCUGGGAACUUGGGGGAGGGGUUUUUCGUGGGCUUUUGGUAGAGAGCCAGGAGGAAGACGUCGAGGAAGGUGGAUGUGCGCUGCACUGCUCGGAAGACCACCGGGCAUGGUCCUAGGUGCAAAGACACGGAGGUCGGAGGCAAGCGACGAGGGGCCAAAUGGUUCGAUGUUUGAGCUCCAACGAUGUGCAUUAAACUGACUGAACUUUGAUAAGUUGACGCCUUUUUGUUUUUUUCCCUUGCGUAUAUAUUGUAUAUCCUAAUACUCUUUUAAUUUUAGUAAACUCUUUAAAGUGUAUUUCAUAACGGUAUUUGUUGUGGUGGGCGCGAGGCAUAAAGUUGAUUCUCACAGCACCUGCGUGUAUGGAUUGGUGUGUGGCUGGAUCUCCUUUUCCCCUAGACAUAUACCAGCCUGUUGGGUAAGUGUUACACGAAUAUUACCGUGGGAAGGGUGUUUUUUAAGAGCUCACACAAAGUGCACUGCAGAUGCUGUGGUCAAAUCAAGACGUACAAAAAAGCUGGAUGAACUCAGCAGGUCGGGCAGCAUCCGUUGACUGCUCCUUUCAAUGGAUGCUGCCCAGCCUGUUGAGUUCAUCCAGCUUUUUUGGAUGUUUUUUUUAAAGAGCUGUUGGGGUGUGUUUAAACUAAUUUGGCAGGAGGGUGGGAACCAGAGUGAAGGGACUCAGGAUGGGAGGGAUGGUAACAAAGCAAAGUUAGCAUGCAGUCAGACUAUCAGGAAGGGCAGGCAGAUGAUACGAUAGCACUGCAGACAGCAGGGUGAGUAUCAGUGCAUUAGGAAUGCAGAAUCAAAAAGGGUAGCGAAUACAUCACUCAAAGUAGUAUAACACAAUGCACAGAAUAUAAGAAAUAAGGUGGAUGAUCUUGUUGCACUAUUACAGAUUGUCAGGUAUGUUGUGUGGCCAUCACUGAAUCGUGGAUGAAGGAUGGUUGUAGUUGGGAGCUGAAUGUCCAAGGUUACAUGUUGUACUGGAGGAAUAGGAAGGUAGGCAAAGGGGUGGCGUGGCUCUGCUGGUAAAGAAUGGUGUCAAACCACACGAAGGAGUGACAUAGGAUCAAAGAUCUUGAAUCCUUGUGGGUGGAGUUAAGAAACUGUAAAGGUAAAAGGAUCCUGAUGGCAGUUAUAUACAGGCCUUCCAACCGUAGCUGGGAUGUGGACCAUAGAUUACAACUGGAAGUAGAAAAGGCAUGACCAAAGGGCAACAAUAUGAUAGUCAUGGACAAUUUUAACGUGCAGGUCGAUUGGGAAAAUCAGGUUGGAAAUGGAUCUCAAGACAGCUAUUGCUCCUCUGCCAUCAACCCUUCCAGUGAUUUUGGCCAGCUCAUCUCUCAUGCCACUGUAAUUUCCUUUACUCCACUGUAAUACUGGACUUUAGAUUCUGCUUCUUAAAUUACACGGUGAAUUCAAUCAUAUUAUGAUUACUGUCUCCUAAGGGUUCUUUUACUUUAAACUCUCUAAUCAAUUCCAUUUCAUUACACAACAUCCAAUCCAGAAUAGCUGGUCCCCUAGUGGGCUCAAUGAUGAACUGCUCUAAAAAGCCAUCUCAUAAACAUUCUACACAUUCUCCUCUUUGGUUCCAGCACCAACCUGAUUUUCCCAAUCUACCUGCAUAUUGAAAUCCUCCAUGGCUAUCGUAACAUUGCCCUUUUGACAUGCAUUUCUAUCUCCUGUUGUAAUUUGUAGACCACGUUUGCUACUGUUGGGUGGGAUAACUCCCGUCGGGAUUUGUACCCCUGCAAUUUCUUAGCUCUACCCACAAAGAUUCUACUCCUACCAAUCCUAUGUCACCUCUUUCUAAGGAUUUGAUUUCAUUUUUAGCAACAGAGCUGCACCACCCCCUUUGCCUAACUGCUUGCCCUUUUGUUACAUGCGUAUCCUUGGACAUUAGGUGUGCAGAUAUAAUCUUCUUUCAGCCACACUCGGUGAUGCCUACAAUGUCAUACAUGGCAAUUUGUAACUUAUUCCAUAUACUGCAUGCCUUCAAAUAUAACACCUUCAGUCCUACAUUCAUGAAUCUUCCGAUUUUGUCCACCUUUUACAUUGUAACUCAUCCCAUUUUCUGCAAUUUUGUCCUAUCAUCAGCCUCUCCUAGCUAGGAGUCUCAUUGUACACUGCCUCUGUCAUUGCACAACUACCCCAUUCUCAGCCCUAUUACUCCGGUUCCCAACCCUUUACCAAAUUAGUUUAAACCCCCCCUAAUAGCUCCAACAAAUAUGCCCGCAAGGAUAUUGGUCCCCUUGGAUUCAGGUGUAACCCAUUUCUUUUAUAUAGAUUAUACCUUACCCAGAAGAGAUCCCAAUGAUCCAGAAAUCUGAACCCCUGGCCCCUGCACCAGUUCCCCAGCAACCCAUUCAUCUGCCAAUUCAUCCUAUUCUUACCCUCCCUUGUAAGUGGCGCUGUUCUUCAUUACCUCUGUCUAGUUCCUGUUUAAUACUUUUGUCAUUUGUGCAGAUCCAAUUUAAAACUCUCCUGUGAGAUCAAAGCUAUAUUAAAACUGUGUGAUUACUGUUUCUUAAAUGUUCCUCCACUGAAAGGUCAGUCACUUGACCGGGCUCAUUUCCAGUGACCCUUUCUCUAUUUGAACCAUCUAUGUACUGAUAUAAGAAACCCUCUUGAAGACAUGUAACAAAUUCUUGAACUAAGCAGGUCCUUAUUGGGGCAGAUUGAGGGGCCGAAUGGUCUACUGCACCUAUUGUCUAUUGUCAGAUGGAGCCACCCAUAAUUUAAAAACCCUGCUUUUGGAUCUUUCCUUAACCUAUUUGCCUAUGUGUUCUUCAGGCUAUCGGGGUCAUUAAAGGUCAAGAUCAUUCUUAUUUCUAGAACCUUUUUUGGUAGAUCAGGCUACAUUCCAGUGUCCUGAGUGAGGUUGCUGAAGAGAUAAUGGAUGCUUUGGUCAUGGUCUUUCAAGAAUUACUUGAUUUUGGCAUGGUCCCAGAGGACUGGAAGAUUGCAAAUGUUACUCCACUUUUUAAGAAGGAAGGAAAGCAAAAGAAAGAAAAUUAUAGGCCAGUUAGCCUAACCUCAGUGGUUGGGAAAGUGUUGGAGUCUAUUAUUAAGGAUGGAGUUUCUGGGUACUUGAGACUAAUGAUGAAAUAAGUCAAAGUCAAAGGUUCAAAGGUACAAUUUAAUGUCAGAGCAAUGUAUACAAUAAACAUCCUGAAAUGCUUUUUCUUCACAACCAUCCACAAAAACAGAGGAGUGCCCCAUGAAUGAACGAUAGUUAAAUGUUAGAACCCCAAAGUACCCCCUCCCCAGCUCCCUGCCUUCCUGUGAAUAAGUGGCAGCGAGCAACAAUCCCCCUCCCCCCACCGGCAAAAAUAAAGCGCUCCCACUAUGUGGUAAACUAUGUAUACCUGUCUGGACACAUUCCUCUGCUGACUGCUCCUGUGGCUCCUCCCACAGACCCCUGUAUAAAGGCAAUUGGAGGCACUGCUCCUCCCUCAGUCUCUGAGAAGCCGUGCUCCAUUUUGCUGCUAAUAAAAGCCUGUCGUUCACCUCCCGUCUCUGAGAGUUAUUGAUGGUGCAUCAAUUUUAUUAGCAGCAAUUUUAAAACAUGGAGAGCAUUUUACGACCCGACAGAUUGGAUCGCGACCCAGAAUCCCAGGAAGCCGGUGACACUUUCGAACUCUGGCUAGCAUGCUUUGAAUCGUACCUGGAGGAGAUUCAUAUGACUGACCCUGCCACGAUGUUCAGGGUUCUCCUCUCCAGAGUCAGUGCAAGGGUCUACUCCAUGAUCAGAGACCAAACGGAUUACCAGGGUGCAAUGGAUGCCCUCAAAAGACAAUACUGACAGCCGGUGAACAUCAUCUACGCAAGACAUCGCUUAGUGACACGGUGGCAGUGGUCCGGAGAGUCGAGCGUUGAGUUUGUCCAUGCCCUACAGACAUUCGUGCGGGCCUGUGACUGCAGGGGACUGAUGGCGGAACAGCAUGCGGAGCUGCUGGUAAGAGACGCCUUCGUUACGGGGAUCAGGUCAGUGUACGUGCACCAGCGGCUGCUGGAACAAGCCGAUCUUACCGUACAUUCAACGAUCGAGCUGGCCGACACGUUGGAGGCUGCUCUGCACAAUGCUGACGCAGUCCAGGCAUUUGAUCUCCUGCCGGCCCUGUGGACGCUGCAGAUCCCGGGACCCACUGGUGAAUCUACCUCAGCUGCUGCCAGUCGUGAGUCUGUGAAGUCCCUGCAACCCGCUGGCGAGUCGACCACAGCUGCUGCCAGUUGCAAGUCUGCGCAGUGUUACUUCUGCGGACUCUAAAAGCACCCCCGAAAACGCUGCCCAGCCCAAGAAGCUACCUGCUCCAGCUGCGGAAAGAAGGGCCACUUCGCCAAGGCCUGUAAGUCCAAACCACGAGCGGGGUCGAGCAGCGAGGCAUGGGGGGUCGCCAACUUGGUCGCCGCCAUCUUGACUGCCCGCCUUCUGCGAGGCAUGGGGGCAGCCAUUUUGUUUGCUGCCAUCUUGCCUGCCCACCGCGUGCAAGGCAUGGGGGCGGCCAUCUUUGUCGGUGCCACCUUGCCCUGCCCACGACCCACGGGUGUUUACCGGGCACCAAGACGACGAUUCAACUCUGGCCUCCAUGACCCUUGACCAAAGCACUCCACACCAGCUCGCAAGGUCAAUGAUGGACAUCCUGGUGGAGGGGCACAGGACUAGCUGCCUGUUUGACACGGGCAGCACUGAGAGUUUUAUUGACCCGGACACGGUGCAACGCUGUGGAUUCAUGAUACAGCCAGUAAGCCAAAAGGUCACCAUGGCUUCUGGAUCACAUUACACAGACAUCCGGGGGGGUUGUGUAGCGACAUUGGUGGUGCAGGGCACAGAAUAUCGGGACUUUGCGUUACUGGUCAUGCCUCAACUGUGUGCCCCUGUGCUAUUGGGGCUCGACUACCAGAGCCACCUGAAAAGUGUGACAAUGGAGUAUGGCGGGUAUCACUGUCAGAAAUCCUCAGUUUUGUGGGACUUCGUCAUAUACCCUGCUACUGACCACACACACACACCAACCCGCACAUCCCACCCAACACCAUGCCAACAGCCGGGCUACUGACACCACUUGCAGCCUCUCCACCCUCAAGAUCCCUCCCCCACCGCUGUUUGCCAACCUGACCCCCGACUGUAAACCUGUGGCAACUAAAAGCAGGAGGUACAGCGCGGGGGACAGGGCCUUCAUUAAGUCGGAGGUGCAGCGGCUGCUCAGGGAGGGGAUCAUUGAGCCAAGCACAAGUCCUUGGAGGGCCCAAGUGGUCGUUGUUCGGACUGGGCAGAAAAAUAGGAUGGUCGUGGACUAUAGCCAGACCAUCAAUAGGUUCACGCAGCUUGACGCGUACCCUCUACCCCACAUUGCGGAUAUGGUCAAUCAGAUAGCUCAGUACAAGGGGUACUCGACCAUAGACCUGAAAUACGCUUACCAUCAGCUCCCCGUCCGCCCGGAGGACCGCCCCUUUACUGCCUUCAAGGCGGGUGGCAGCCUCUAUCACUCCCUGCAUGUCCCCUUCGGUGUCACGAUUGGUGUCUCUGUCUUCCAGAGGGAAAUGGACCGGAUGGUGGACCAGUGCCAACUGAAGGCCACGUUCCCAUAACUGGAUAACAUCACCAUCUGCGGUCACGACUGGCAGGAUCACGACACCAACCUCCAACGAUUUUUCCCAAGCGGCUAAAGCUCUUAACCUUACCUGUAACAGGGACAAGUGUGUGUUUGGAACCACCCGACUUGCUAUCCUUGGGUAUGUCGUGGAGAACGGGGUCAUUGGCUCUGACCCCGACCAUAUGCGCCCCCUGUUGGAACUCCCUCUUCCCACCACCCUCAGAGCCCUCAAAUAGUGCCUGGGCUUCUUUUCCUAUUUCGCCCAAUGGGUCCCUCACUACGCAGACAAGGCCUGCCCCCGGUCAAGUCCACCGCAUUUCCCCUCUCAGCCCGUGAAGGCCCGUGUGGCCUUCAGUUGCAUUAAAGGGGACAUUGCCAAAGCAACGAUGUAUGCAGUGGACGAGACCAUUCCCUUCCAAGUAGAGAGUGACGCCUCUGACUUUGCGCUGGCUGCUACCCUCAAUCAGGCAGGAAGGCCGGUAGCAUUCUUCUCUCGUACCCUUUAAGGCCCUGAAAUUCGGCACUCUGCGGUGAUGAAGCCCAGGCCAUAGUGGAAGCUAUUAGGCACUGGAGGCACUAUCUCGCCGGCAAACGGUUCACCUUGCUGACUGACCAGCACUCAGUUGUGUUCAUGUUUAGCAACCAACAGCGGGGCAAAAUCAAAAAUGAUAAAAAUUUUGAGGUGGAGAAUAGAACUCUCCACCUACAACUAUGACAUCCUGUACCGGCCUGGAAGGCUCAAUGAGCCCCCUGAUGCCCUAUCCUGGGGAGCAUGUGCCAGCACGCAGCUCGACCGGCUAUACACCCUCCAUGCAGAUCUUUGCCACCCGGGGGUCACCCGACUUUACCAUUUCGUGAAAGCCCAGAACCUGCCUAACUCCCUUGAGGAAAUCAGGACGAUGACCAGGGACUGUAAAGUCCGCGCUGAGUGCAAACUGCACUUCUACUGUCCUGAAAAGGCGCAACUUAUCAAGGCCACCCGCCCCUUUGAGCGACUGAGUGUCGACUUUAAAGGCCCCCUUCCCUCCACUAACCGCAAUGUCUACUUUCUCAACAUUAUCGACGAGUACUCGCGGUUCCCCUUUGCCAUCCCCUGCCCCGAUACCACUGCCACAUCCGUCAUAAAAGCCCUGCGCCAGCUCUUCACUCUGUUCGGAUAUCCCUGCUAUAUCCACAGUGAUAGAGGGUCCUCCUUUAUGAGUGAGGAGCUGCGCCAGUACCUGCUGGCUAGGGGUAUUGCUACUAGUAGGACCGUGAGCUAUAAUCCCCAGGGGAAUGGACAGGUGGAGAGGGAGAAUGCCACUGUGUGGAAGGUCACACUCUUAGCCCUUAGGUCAAAGGGAUUGCUGGUCUCUCGCUGGCAGGAGGUCCUCCCCGAGGCACUCCACUCUAUCCGCUCCCUGUUAUGUACGUCCACCAAUACCAUCCCUCAUGAGCGACUCUUGUAUUUUCCCAGGAAGUCUGCCACUGGGACCACCCUACCAGCUUGGCUGACGUCCCCAGGGCCAGUGCUGCUCUGGAAACAUGUGAGGAGCAAGAAAUACUCCCCGAUGGUCAAGAGGGUUCACUUACUUCAUGCGAACCCCCAGUAUGCCUACGUGGUCUUACCUGAUGGGCAGGAGGACACAGUCUCCGUUCGCGACCUGGCACCCACAGGAGCACCAGACCCCUACCCAGAACACUCCAUGGUGACUAUGAACCCUGUACCCACCGAUGUAUAUACCCAUGAGACAUCGCGCACACCAAGCCCUACACAGACUCCUCACGACACUCCCAUACCAGGCGCCAGGCACAUGCAUGAGGGAUUACUGACGCCUAACAGGCUGGCACCUCAAGUCAGGCCGGAGCCAGCACAACCACCGUCACCGGUGCUACGUAGAUCACAGCGACAGACUCAACUGCCUGAUAGACUUAACCUGUAAAUAUAUUUGUGAGAAACUUUGCCCCGUGGGACUCUCUUUUAAAACAAAGGGGGGGGGGGGUGAAUGUGGUAAAGUAUGUAUACCUGUCUGGACACGCCCCUCUGCUGACUGCUCCUGUGGCUCCUCCCACAGACCCCUGUAUAAAGGUGAUUGGAGGCAUUGUUCCCCCCUCAGUCUCCGAGAUGCCGUGCUCCAUUUUUCUGCUAAUAAAAGCCUAUCGUUCACCUCCCGUCUCUGAGAGUUAUUGAUGAUGCAUCACACUACCAGCACUCACUCAAGUGUGAGCGAGCAAUAGCAAAGACACAGACUUGCAGUUAGCCAAAAGACUGCAUUGUUCACCUGAUAAUUUGACAUGCUGCAGGCUCUCUCUCUCCUAAUAAGGGAGAAGGAGGUGAUUCUAUUUUCCAACGAGCAGUCAGCAUGGUUUCUGUAAAGAGAAAUCUUACCUGACAUAUCUUCUAGAAUUCUUCAAGGAAGUAACAAAAGAGAGGCAGUAGAUGUCAUUUACUUAGAUUUUCAGAAGGCAUUUGAAAAGGCUGCUUAACAAAGAUAAAAUCCUAUGGUGUUAGAGGAAAGAUACUGCAACAGAUAGAAGAAUGACUGACAGACAGAGACAGCGAAUGGGAAUAAAGGGGACUUUUUCUGGUAGGCUGCCAGUGACCAUUGGUGUUCCACAGGGGUCAGCAUCUGGACUGCCAUUUUUCACUUUGUUUGUUAAUGAUUUGGAUUAUGGAAUUGCAGGCUUUGUGACAAAGUUUGUAGAUGAUGUGAAGAUAGGUGGAGGGAUAGGUAGUGCUGAGGAAGCAAUGCGAUUGCAGCAGGACUUAGACAAAUUGGAAGAAUAGGCAAAAAAGUGGCAAAUAGAAUAGUAUUGGGAAAUGUAUUUUUGUAAAAGAAACAAUAGUACAGACUAUUAUUUAAAUGAGGAGAAGGUUUAAACAUCAGAGGUGCAGAGGGACUUAGGAAUCCUCACGCAAGACUCUCAGGUUAAUUUAUACAUUGAGUCUGGUAAAGAAGGCAAAUGCAAUGUUGAUGUUUAUUUCAAAGGAAAUAAAAUACAAAAAUGAGAUAAUGCUGAGGCUUUAUAAGACACUAGUCAGGCUGCAUUUGGAAUAUUAUCAAUAGUUUUGGGCCCUUUAUCUCAGAAAGGAUGUGCUAUCAUUGGAGAGAGACAAGAGGAGGUUCAUAAGGAUGAUUCCAGCAAUGAAGGGGUUAAGAUAUGAGGAGCAUUUGGCAGCUUUGGUCCUGUACUCACUGGAAUUUAAAAGAAUGCAUGGGGAUCUCAUUGGAACCUAUUGAAUGUUGAAAGGACUGGUUAGGGUGGAUGUGAAGAGGAUGUUUCCUAUGGUGGUAUCUAGAACUAGAGGGCCCAGCUUCAAAAUUAAGGGUGACCUUUUAGUACAGAGGUAAGGAGGAUUUUUUUUUUAGCCAGGGAGUGGUGAAUCUGUGGAAUGAUAUACCACAGACUGCAGUGGAGGACAAAUCCAUGGGUAUAUUUAAGGCAGAACUUGAUAGUUUCCUGAGUGGUUAAGGCAUCAUAGAAUAUAGUGAUAAGGCAGGUGUAUGGAGUUGAGUGGGAUCUGGAAUGACCCAUGAUUGAUUGGUGCAGCAAACUUGAUGGGCUGAAUGGCCUAAUUCUUCUGUGUCUUGUGGUCUUACGUAUACGUGAUGGGUACUCUUCAUUUUAAGCCCAAAAGCUGGAUUCCAGGGGUUUUGAUAAUAUUCACAGAUGUGACCUAGGCUGCAAGUAUGGGUUAUGCUUGAAUAAUAGUUACUUCUUCAUGAUUUAUCUGCAAGUUGGAAGGAGUUGGCAUUAUGUAGGGCACUGCCCAAUGGUUGCAGGAACUCAAUAGGGUAUUGAGGCUUGGGUGUUGUGUAUUGUCAGGCUAAUCACACCCAAAGUGCACCCUGAUGUUGUCCACUCUUAAGAAUGGGUGGAGGCAGAUGAAAGGAACUUAGAGACCAGUUAAUCUGACUUCAGUGGUUGGGAAGAUGUUGAAUUCCAUUAUUAAGGAUGAGCUUUCAGGGUACUUGGAGGCAUGUGAUUAAAAUAGGCCAAAAUCAACAUGGUUUUGUAAAGGGGAAAUCUUGUCUGACAAAUUUAUUGGAAUUCUUUGAGGAAAUAAUGGGCAGGAUAGACAAUGGGGAAUCAGUUGUAGUUGUUUGUUUGGAUUUUCAGAAGGCAAGGUGCCAUACAUGAGGAUGCUGAACAAGAUAAGAGCCUAUGCUAUUGCAGAAAAGGUACUAGCAUAGAUAGAAGAUUGGCGGACCGGCAGGAGGUAUACAGUGGGAAUAAAGGUUGGCUGUUGGUGACAAAUGGUAUGCCGCAGGAGUCAGCAUUGGGAUCGCUUCUUUUCAUGUCAAUGAUUAGGAUGAAGGAAUUGAUGACUCUGGCAAAGUUUGCAGAUAGGUGGAGGGGCAGGUAGUAUUGAGGAAGUAGGGCAGAAGGACUUAGAAAGAUUGGGGAUUUGGGGAACGAAGUGGCAGAUGGAAAAUAAUGUAGGGAAGUGCAUGGUCAUGCACUUUAGCAGAAGGAAUAAAGGAGUGGACUAUUUUCUAAAUGUGGAGAAAAUUCAAAAAUUAAAGAUGCAUAGGGAUCUGGGAGUCCUCAUGCAGGUUUCCCUAAAAGUUAACUUGCAGGUUGAGUUUGUGGUAAGAGAGAAAAUGCAAUGCUAGCGCUCAUUUUGAGAAGACUAGAAUAAAAAAGCAAGGAAGUAAUGUGAGGCUCUUUAAAGUCAUUGGUCAUUGCCUGUAAGCGGUUUUGUGCUCCUUAUCUAAGAAAAGAUGUGCUGGAAUUGGAGAGGGUCCAAAGGAGGUUUGUGAAGAUGAUCCCAGGAAUAAAAGGAGCAUUUGAUAGCCCUGGGCCCAUAUUUGUUGUUCAGAAGAAUGAGGAAGGAUUUCAUUGCAACCUAUUGAAUAUUAAAAGGUCUGGAUAGAGAUGUUUCCAAUAAUGAAGGAGUCUAGGAUCAGAGGAUGCAUCCUCAGAUUUGAGGAAUGUCCAUUUAGAACAGAGAUGAGGAACCAUUUUUUAGCCAUAGGGUGAUGAAUCUCUGAAAUUCAUUGCCAAAGACAGCUGUGCAGGCCAUCAUUGGGUAUGUUUAAGGUGGAGGUUGGUAGAUUCUUGAUUAAUCAGAGUCAAAGGUUACGGGGAGAAGGCAGGAGCAUGAGUUUGAUAGGGAUAAUAAAUCAACCAUGAUGGAAUGGCAGAGCAGACUUGAUGGGCCAAAUGGCCUAAUUCUGCUCCUAUGCCUAUGUCAUAUUAGAAUUCCAGUUUUCUUGAUUCAAAACUGCUAGAGUCAUUGGACAGAGAACAGGAACCAAACUUUGGAUGUAGAGUUUGUACAGUUAACAGUACAUCAGGAAUAAACUUGGGUAUGCUGCAAAGCUUGGAUCCUAAUGGUGUGAUUUAUUCCACUCAGGGCUGCAUCAUGUUCUGUUUGCAAAUUUACUUUCAUCUUGUUCUUCAGCCACAGCAGGUCAUGCUUGUUGUACUUUCUUAUCAGAGACUUGGCUAUAGCUGAUGGAGUUCUCCUUGUUUAAAACGUCUCCCACUGCCUUGCCUCCCCAGUAUCCAGUUGUCAUUAACAAACCCUUUUAAUGAACACAGGGCUCAGCCAAUCCCUUUGUCACCUGAUGACCAAGCAGACUCUUAUUUCCCUUCCCAAGGAUCAGGCAAUAAAAAUUUAAGGCAGAAGAACUAGAGGAGAGCUGGGAACAGAGAAUUACUCCAUAGACUGUUAGGGUGGGAAACCUGCUGCCUAAAAAAGUGAGGAUGCUAAACUCAACAGAUUUAAAGAGUACCUGAGUGAGCACUUAAUAUGCUGGAAGCUGUAAAGCUAUAGGCUGAAAAAAAAGAAAACCAUGUGAAGCAGUAAUCUGACGUUUGAAGUGCAGUAUCUACAUUUAAAAAAUGCAGAUUGGAUGAUCUCUUUGCAGGGGAUGUGCAGUUACUUUCUAGAGGCAACCUUGAGCUCGCCAUUUAACUCUCCAUUCCUUUCAGUUCGUGACCUGCACUGUUACUAUACAGCUCAAUGUGAGCUUGAGAAACAGCACCUAGAAACAUCGAAAACCUACGGCACAAUACAAGUCCUUUGGCCCACAAUGCUGUACCAAACACGUACUUUAGAAUUUACCUAGGGUUUACCCAUAGCCUUCUAUUUUUCUAAGCUACCUAUCCACGAAUCUCUUAAAAGACCUUCUUCAUAUCCAACUCCACCAUUGUCGCAGGCAGCUCAUUCCACACACUACUCUGCGUUUAAAAAAAAGUACCUUUGACAUCUCCUCUGUACCUACUUCCAAACACCUUAAAACUGUGCCCUCUCAUGUUAGCCAUUUCAGCCCUGGGAAAAAGCCUCUGACUAACCACAUGAUCAAUGUCUCUCAACAUCUUAUAUACCUCUAUCAGGUCACCUCUCAUCCUUCGUCGCUCCAAGGAGAAACGACAGAGUUCACUCAACCUAUUCUUAUAAGGCUUGCUCCCCAAUCCAGGCAACAUCCUUGUAAAUCUUCUCUGCACCAUUCCUAUGGUUUCCAUAUCCUUCCUGUAGUGAGGUGACCAGAACUGAGCACAGUACUCCAAGUGGAGUCUGACCAGGGUAACAUUGCCUCUCAGCUCUUGAACUCAAUCCCAUGGUUGAUGAAGGCCAAUACAUCAUAUGCCUUCUUAACCACACAAUCAACCUGCACAGCAGCUUUGAGUGUCCUAUGGACUCAGACCCCAAGAUCCCUCUGAUCCUCCAUGCUGCCAAGAGUCUCACCAUUAAUACUAUAUUCUGCCAUCAUAUUUGACCAAAAUGAACCACCUCACAUUUAUCUGGGUUGAACUCCAUCUGCCACUUCUCAGCCCAGUUUUGCAUCCUGUCGAUGUCCUCCUGUAACCUCUGAUUGCCCUCCACACUAAGCACAACAGACCCAACCUUUGUGUCAUCAGAUUUACUAACCCAUCUCUCUACUUCUUCAUCUAGGUCAUUUAUAAAAAUCACAAAGAGUAGGGGUCCCAGAACAGAUCUCUGAGGCACACCACUGGUCACAGACCUCCAUGCAGAAUAUAACCCAUCUACAACCACUCUUUGCCUUCUGUGGGCAAGCCAGUUCUGGAUCCACAAAGCAAGGUCCCCUUGGAUCCUAUGCCUCCUUACUUUCUCAAUAAGCCUUGCAUGGGGUACCUUAUCAAAUGCCUUGCUGAAAUCUAUAUACCCUAUAUCUAAUGCUCUACUUUAAUCAAUGUGUUUAGUCACAUUCUCAAAAAAUUCAAUCAGGUUCGUAAGGCACGACCUGCCUUUGACAAAGGCAUACUAACUAUUCUUAAUUAUAUUAUGUUUCUCCAAAUGUUCAUAAAUCCUGCCUCUUAGGACCUUCUCCAUCAACUUACCAACCACUGAAGUAAGACUCACUGGUCUAUAAUUUCCUCGGCUAUCUCUACUCCCUCCCUUGAAUAAGGCAACAACAUCUGCAACCCUCCAACCCUCUGGAACUUCUCCUAACCCACUGAUGAUGCAAAGAUCUUUGCCAGAGGUUCAGCAUUUGCUUCCCUUACCUUCCACAGUAGCCUGGGGUAUAUCUCAUCUGGUCCCAGUGACUUAUCUAACUUGAUGCUUUCCAAAAGCUCCAGCACAUCCUCUUUCAUAAUGUCUGUAUGCUCAAGCUUUUCAGUUCUCUGCAAGUCAUCCCUACAAUUGCCAAGGUUCUUGGCUAGAUUUCAACAGCCUUUGUACACCAUGGUUCCUCUUCCCUACCAUCCUUUCCUUGUCUCAUUGGAACGCACCUAUGCAGAAGGCCACGCAAAUAUCUCCUGAAUGUUUGUCACAUUUCUGCUGUACAUUUCCCUGGGAACAUCUGCUUCCAAUUUAUACUUCUAAGUUCUUGCCUGAUUGAUUCAUAUACCCCCCCCCCCUUACUCCAAUUAAAAUGCUAUGGUAAAGGAGAUAGAACUAUGAUUACUAUCUCCAAAAUGUUCUCCCACUGAGAGAUCUGACACCUGACCAGGUUCAUUCCCAAUAUUGGAUCAAGUACAGUCUCUCCUCUUGUAGGCUUAUCUACAUAUUGUGACCGGAUACUUUCCUGAACACAUGUAACAAACUCCACCUCACCUAAACCCCUUCCUCUAGGGAGAUGUCAAUCAAUAUUGGGGUAAUUAAAAUCUUCCAUCACGACAACACUUAUUAUUGCACUGUUCCAGAAUCUGUCUCCCUAUAUGUUCCUCAAUGUCCAUGUUACUAUUGGGUGUUCUAUAAAAAACAUCCAGUAGAGUUAUUGACCCCUUCCUGCCUGGCACUCUAAGUAGCCAUUCCUGCCCCUGAGCAAUCCAUUCUCUGUAAUGGCCACCACAUCAUAACUCCAAGUACUGAUCCAUACUCUAAGCUCAUCUGCUUUGUUCAUGAUGCUCCUUGCAUUAAAAUAGACACAUUUCAAACCAUCAGUCUGACAGCAUAUAUCACCUACCUAUCCUCCCUCUCACACUGCCUACAAGCUUUCUUUAUUUGUGAGCCAACUGCCUCUUCCUCCAUCUCUUCAGUUCAGUUCCCAGCCCGCAGCAAUACUAGUUUAAACUCUCCCCAGUAGCCUUAGCAAAUCUCCCCGCCAGGAUAUUGGCUCCCCUAGGAUUCAAGUGCAAUCCAUCUUUAUCAUGCCUGCCCCAAAAGAGGUACCAAUGAUCCAGAAAUUUUAAUUCCUGCCCCCUGCUCUAAUCUCUCAGCCAGGCAUUUAUCCUCCACCUCACUCUAUUCCUAUACUCACUGACACACCUGGUGCAGAUGUGGCUGAGAGGCUGAGAGUCUCUCUGACAUCCUAUAUCUGACACCCCGUACAGAACACAGGCUUUGCAGACAUACUUCCUAUUCCUAUUCUUCACAAGUAACUUACCUUGCCUCGACCUGUUAUUGCCAAAGCCCUCUUACUCUGACUCCCUCUACUCUGAUGCCCGCUCCAUAAAGUUGUCUUUUUUAAAAGAUUCUUCCCGACGGUCUAUCUCGCUGAACUCCAUGCACUGAUGUCCACGCACCUGCUCAGUUGUACUUCUUCCAUUCACUCAUGCUGCAGCCUUCAGGAGAACAUUAAAUUCUACAACUUCAGGUAACUUCAUUCAGUUGUAUUCACUUUUCUCAGCAUCCCUCUCGUUCUCUACUCCAAGGAAAUUAAACCCAGUCUAUCCAGUCUCGACGACGACCUGAUCCUUAACACUUCUAAAACAAAAGAGAUGAUCAUUGACUUCAGGAGAUCAAAGGACAGAAUACGCACCCCCCUCCAUAUACAUGGAGAGGUAGUGGAAAGUGUGGAGCACCUAAAGUUACUUGGAGUUAUGUUGUCAAAGCAGCUGACAUGGACCACCAACACCUCGCUGACAUGGACCACCAACACCUCGCUGACAUGGACCACCAACACCUCACUGACAUGGACCACCAACACCUCGCUGACAUGGACCACCAACACCUCGCUGACGUGGACCACCAACACCUCGCUGAUGUGGACCACCAACACCUCGCUGACGUGGACCACCAACACCUCACUGACAUGGACCACCAACACCUCGCUGACGUGGACCACCAACACCUCGCUGAUGUGGACCACCAACACCUCGCUGACGUGGACCACCAACACCUCGCUGACGUGGACCACCAACACCUCGCUGACAUGGACCACCAACACCUCACUGACAUAGACCACCAACACCUCGCUGCUUGUAAAAAAGGCACAACAAAGACUCCUCUUCCUCAGAAAGCUGAAACAGGCCAAACUCCCACAAAAGCUGUUGCUUAACUUCCAUAGAAGCACAAUUGAAACCAUCCUGACCAACAGCACCACAGUGUGGUAUACUAGCUGCACAGCCACUGAGCGACAAGACCUGCAUUGUGGGGUGAAGGCAGCCCAGCGAAUUGUCAGGAUGGAGCUCCCAGGACUGGACAUCAUCUAUUCCAGCAGACUCAGGAGGAAAGCAAUCAGUAUAACCAGAGACACCGCAGACCCCGGCCACUCCCUGUUUGACCCGCUUCCGUCCAGCAAAAGGUUCAGGACAUUAAAACCCAGAACAAAUAGACUGAGGAACAGCUUCUACCCCAGAGCUGUGGCCUCCAUCACACCACUCCCACAGAACAGUGACUGAAACUGUGAGUACACACAUGCACACACAAGGACUCAAAUACUUGCACUAACGACACUUUGUGCAUUAAUGUGAUAUUCUGGUGCUGCUGCAACUUAUUUUCUGCUACUUAUCUAUUUAAUACUGUUUUUCUAUUACUGUCUUGUUUUUAUCUACUGCUUUGUUUGAUUGCCUGAGAGGAAGCCAAACAGAGUUUCAUUGUACCUAUGUAUAAUGACAAUAAAGAUCAUUCAAUUCAA